AUGAAAAAAAAAUCAAUACACAGUGUCCUGAAAGGUAAAUUAAAGUUUAAUAAUAGUAAUAAUAUUAAUAAUAUAAAUAAUAUAAAUGAUGUUACUGAUACUAGUAACAUUACAACAACCUUAACUAACAAAUCUCAUAGAAAUUCAGUGGAAAAUAAGUUAAUAAAUCGAUCAUCCUCACAAAGAAUCUCUUUGUUUAAAUAUCCACAUGUAGAAGUAGAGGCAAAUUCCUCAGAGAGUAGGAUACCGCCUAGAUUUUCAAAUAAGCAAAAUAAAUCUAAAUUAUUGGCAAGAGGAUCAAUUGAAAUAUAUGAAAUUAGAACAAUUAGUUCAAGAUCUUUUUUUCUCAGUGUUGGAAGACACGGAGAAUGGAUCCAUCCAAUGUUACCUAAGUUGAGGAUACGACGUAUUAUAGAUCCUAACGAAUUUUAUCUUUUUAUUUCAUUUUCUAAUCCUGAUCGAGUAUGGAAGAUUAAAUUUAUUGAAUAUGAUGAAAUCAAAAUUAACAAUGAAAUAAUUAAAGAUUUAGAAACUGUGAUUACUGGGAUAUGCCAAUAUUCAUGUGUGAAAUCCUUAGAUUUGUCAUCCGUUGAAAUAUAUGAAACUAAUAAUCAAGUCAUUAAGGGACAAUCAGCGCAACACAACAGUGAGGAAACAGAUGAAAAAGAAGAUGAAGAAAACCUAGAUGAAUUAAAUUACUUAUUAGAAACUGAGACAGAUAAUAAUAUAUCUAAUGGUAAUAUAAAUAAAAUAGAAGAAGAAGAAAAAAUAUGGUGUAGUGAUGAGACAAUUAAUAUUGAAAUAAAUACUUCAAUAAAUGAUGCAUUUAGAAGGGCGAUGAAUAAUGUAAUACCUCCGUGGGAUCAUAAUCCAGAUACUAGUUACAAUGAACUUAUAUCUGCUGCUACAACAACAAGUAGUACUAACAAUGAUUGUUUGCAUAUUCCUAAACGAAAAAAUAAUUCAACAUCAAGAAGAAGAAUUAGUCUAUAUAUUCCAUCAUCUUCUAAUAAUAACAGUAUUAAUGAUAAGAAUUUUGAUAACUACUCCAGCAUUACAUUUUUGGAUCAAAAAAAUUUAAGUCGACGAUCAAUCUCCAUCCUUUCCGAUUAUGAAACAUUAAUAUCCUUGCAUGAUCUUAAAUUAUGA